UAACAGUCGGUGGGACGGACAGCGUGUGAGUGGAACUUGUGGGAUUUCUUCAUUAGCACUUUCGAAAUUGGUCUAUUAGUGAUAGUUGCUGAUAUUUCUGCUUCGUAGCAGCUACUAGCUUCAUUUUCUGUUUAAAAAUGGAGAGGUUUGAUUGAGUUGUUUUGACUAUGCCGGUGGAGUAAAGCGAGGAGGAGAAGAGGAAGGGAAGAACGGGAGAGAGUUGAGCGGAUUUGAAAGAGGAAAUCAUCCCUUGCUGGUCGAACAGCGAAGCCUGCGGACAGAAACAGAGGGAGGUUUGGCCAUUUACUGAGGCUGGAGUUUGUUUAGAGCUGAUAUUUGUUUUCUUUUGGGUGGUUUUUUGAUGUGGCCGGUUCUCAGUGGAGAAGUUUUUCCCGCAAAUGACGUGGAAUAGCACGAUGAGCAGUGGCUACAGUAGCUUGGAGGAGGACUCCGAAGAGUACUUUUUCACGGCCAGGACCUCUUUCUUCAAAAAACCCUCCGGAAAAAUCACAGAGAAAAAGGAUGUGGAGAAGGAGAGAGAGUUGCGGACAGAGUUCAGCAAAGAGGAAAUCUGGCAGAGAAUCGAGCAGUACAACUUGCUAACCAAAGACCACCUUAAAAUGACGCUGGGUGCGGGCGGUGUGUACACGGGUUUCAUCAAGGUCCAGAUGGAUUUGCGGAGGCCAAUGACGGUGCAGGGAAGUCAGACAAGAGCCGGGGAGGCCUUCUAUCUGCCCCAAGGAGUCUCCAACACCCUUCAUGUCAGCUCCAAAACCACAGUCAAAGAGGUGAUCGUCGGCUUGCUGAGCAAAUUCACAGUUGCAGACAACCCGGCUAAAUAUGCCCUGUACAAGAGAUACCGGCGGGAGGAACAGGUUUAUACAUGCAAGUUGGCGGAUGCUGAGAAGCCGUUGUUUCUUCGCCUGGUGGCGGGACCCGACCCAGACCUGCUCAGCUUUGUCCUGAAAGAACAGCAGACAGGAGAAGUCAUGUGGGAUGCCUUCUCCAUCCCUGAGCUGAAAAACUUCCUGCGGAUCCUCGAAAAGGAGGAGCAGGAGCAGAAGGACGCAGUAAUUCGCCGCUAUGAAACCUACCGGCAGAGACUGCAGGAGGCACUGCUGGAGGUCAGGGGGCCUUCUUAAGAGGAGAUAUAACCUCCUUGAAAAAGGACUACUGCCCCCUAGAGGGACGAAGGGGAUGUUUUGUUUUUCAUUUUUAAUCUCCUGGUGUACAUUUUGAUGGAGGGAGGGAUGUGAACACAGAAUCAGGAGAGAGGAUCCAGCACCUAGAAGAAGGGAUAAUAAAGGAUGACAAGAGGAUAGAAAAAAGAGACUGCAAAUAAAAGAGACGAACAGACAGAAUUUUGGUUGCUGGAUUCAAGAUUUUAAACUGCUUCCCGCUCAGCUACGUCUGCCUGCAAACACCAAAGAUUCACUCACUGUGCCAUAUCCGUUCAUCCUCUUCACUGUUUGCCGUCCAUCCCUCUCUUCUUCUUCUUCUUCUUCUCUCACUCUGUCCUGCUGUCACAUAAUUUAUGCAGUUCAUCCUUUUUGUUUCCCUCACCUUUUUAUCCUUUGAACUUGUGAAAGACUCAAGGCCAUAUGUUGAAUUAUUUUUAUUUAAUUUGUGUGUUUUAAAGGUCUGUACAUAUUUUUUUUAUUUAUAUGGGUGAAGCUUUUUAUUGUUUUUUGUUUUUCUUUUUAAAACAAAGUCUUAUUUUUGUGUUAUUGUAGAGGCGGAGCAACAAUCUGCUUGUUGACACAGAUGCUGAGAAUAGUUUUUUCAGACUUCAGCAGGACACAGAAAAUCCAAGCAACAGAGCAUGAAAGACCAUAAAAUGGAGUUAUUUUAACCCACAGUAGUUGUCAAAUGUAAAAGUAAAUACUGAUUCCAAUAAUAACUCUAAUUACAAAGAAUGAAAAUGGAUUGGAGUUCUUCUGGAUUUAUCCGUUCCAAAAACACGUCCAAUCAAAAUAUAUGAAUCUGAGAAGAAAUACUUAUUAUAUUCGUUAUCCAUUUAUAUGGAAUUUAAUUAUCUGUUCAUAUUUUUUGGCACAUUUAGGACUCCAUAAAAGCCAGCCUGAGAUUGUUUGCAUGAAAGAAAGGAGAAAUGAAAGGUGACGUGACAGAAAACAGAUGCAGGAACUCUAGAGAGAUUUUUAAUAGGAAGAGUAAAAGAACGAUAAGAUGAGUCUUAACUGGAACUUAACAGGAAGUAGUUUAGUUUUGGGUGCAGUUUGUAAAAAAACAAAAACAAAACAAAAACGCUGUUUGUUUUUUCAUGUGGAGUGAAGAUGAACUGGUGGGAUUUGAAGCCUUUGUGUUUUUUCCACCACCAGCAGAGUUUCGUGAAGCAUGAGCUGAAUAGACUGAAGCAAACUGCUUGAGCUUUGA